GGCGGCAGCACUGAGUCCAUCCCGGAAAUGAAGCAGCACUUCCGGGUAGCAGGUGACAGGUGGAUCUUCUGCUGUGGGUCAAAGGAUCAGGUCUCCCUCUUUAGGAGCUUACUCCGUUAGUCCAGCCGGACGUGGAUCUCUCUGAAGACCUCUGAUUUCCGUGGACCGGAUCUCAGUCUCGUCCCCCCUCGGUCUGUCCAGGUCUGUCCCGGUCUGUCCCCACACCGACCCCUCUGAUGGCCUCCAGGCGGCCGGACAGCUUCGAUGGACUCGGGUUCCGGUCCCGUGAGGACCCCCUGUACGGGGCGGGGUACCCGGUGAGGAGCGCCGGGGGUCCCGCGGAGCUGCACCCCCAUCACUGGGUCACCACGCCGCCGGACAUCCCGGGGAGCCGGAACCUGCACCACGGAGACCGGACCCCCCAGUUCGACCAGUCCAUGGGGGAACCCGGAGAACCCGGAUCCGCAGCGGGCUGGGAGGGUCCGCAUCCUGGGGUCCCUCCUGCAGAGCAGCUGAAUCGAUUCGCAGGGUUUGGGAUCGGACUCGUCAGCCUGUUCACAGAGAACGUCCUCGCUCACCCCUGCAUCGUCUUCCGCAGACAGUGUCAGGUGAACUACCACGCCCGCUGUUACCACCUGACGCCGUUCAGCGCAGUCGCCGUCAUGUACUCCAUCACUAAAGCUCAGGGUCCAAAGGCUCUGUGGAAGGGGAUGGGGAGCACCUUCAUCGUUCAUGGUAUCUCACUCGGGGCCGAGGGCAUCAUCAGCGAGUUAACACCAUUACCACGGGAGCUUCCUCACAGGUGGAGUUGGAAUCAGCUGGCGGGACAUUUGCUGCUGAAAGGGUCAGUAACUACUUCUCCUGAAAAACACAGAGAGGAUGAUCUGAACUCAUUUUAA